AUGGCAUCAACAAGGUCACGGAGACCUAAAAGGAACCCUAUACAAGAAGCUACCUAUUUUUCAUCCUUGGGAAAAGACAAGAAUGACUUUGACAUAAAAUACAUAAAUUCUUUUAAAGGUCGAGGUGUGUUCAGCUGCCGGGACUUUCAAAAAGGAGAUUUUCUUAUUGAAUACAGAGGGGAAGUCAUAACAAAAAAGGAACAAGAAUGCAGGUCGAAAGUGUAUCAUAAAGCACUCAAGGUUUUCAUGUUUGAUUUCCAUUUUAAUGGAAAUCAGUUUUGUGUCGAUGCUUCCAGAGAAGAUGGUUCUCUAGGGAGACUCGUUAAUGAUGACCAUCUGAAUCCAAAUAGCAAAAUGAAAAUAAUACGAGUGGACAGAAGGCCCCAUUUGUGUUUGUUUGCACUCAAGGACAUUAGUCCAGGAGAAGAAAUCACGUAUAACUACGGUGAUUCUGAUUGGCCAUGGAGAAGCAAGAUUUCCAAAGAGAUACCUGACCAGCCUUCUAAAGUGGCCAUGUGCAGUUCCCUCAGUGACAGCACUGACCAGAUGCCCCAAGAGAUACUUGUCCAGCCUUCUGAAGUGGCCAUGUGCAGUUCCCUCAGUGACAACACUGACCAGGUGCUGACAUUAGGAGGACUGUGA